GUCUUUUAACUCUCAAUCUUAAAGCAUUUAGCCCCUAUAUAUAAACUUAAGCUCACAUGGGGUAUAUGGAAAUAGGCACUAUUUUAUGCUCUCCUCCAUUCUUUCUGCUUCUCCGUUUCUACCAAAUUUCUUCAAUAAUAGUCCCACAUGAAGCAAAGUAAGCUGUUUCCCACUUGACCCGUAAAAGUUUCUGCUGCUUUUUAGCACUUUUAGAGGACCAUGAACUCAAAAGUUUUGAGUAUUGAGGACCAGACCCAGUAAAGAAAAAUGCUUUCAAAAUUGCCAAUUACCCACUUGAGGGCAUCACCAGGUGCUGCACAAAAUUAUGGGUUUUCUUCAGGUGGGGAGUUUUGCAGGUUUGGGUGUGCAAGGAGUUCUGCUGAUCAUUAUAAAUCUGGCUUCAGGCUUGUGGGGAAGUCUUUGGGGGAUAGAUGGAAGCUCAAUGAUAUCAAUGCUAAUGUAUUGCAAGAAAAGUUAAAUAUAUGGCUUGUGAAGACCCAAAAUUUUUUGAAUGAAGUAACAUCACCACUGGUAGGAACCGCUCAGAGUAAAAAGCCUGCUCCCAGAAAUGCUUUUGAUGCACCAGAAAUGGAGAGCAUAUUCAUGACAGAACAAACAAUUGAUAGCAGAACACCUAACGGAACUCUCUCUUUAGCUGCCAUUGUAUCCAUUGAGCAAUUUAGCAGGAUGAAUGGAUUGACUGGGCAGAAAAUGAUGAAAAUAUUUAAAGCACUCGUCUCUGAAUCUGUAUAUAAGGAUGCCCGUAAUUUGGUUGAGUAUUGCUGCUUUAGGUUCUUGUCAAGGGAUAGUUCCGAUGUUCACCCUUCUCUUAAGGAACCUGCAUUCCAGAGACUGAUAUUCAUAACAAUGCUUGCAUGGGAGAAUCCUUACUAUAAGGAGCUUGCUAAUGCUUCAGACCAAGCUUUUUUUAAGAGGAAGCUUGUUAGAGAAGAGGCUUUUGUUCGUAUAGCUCCUGCCAUUUCCGGUGUGGCUGAUCACUCCACGGCACAUAAUCUAUUUAAGGCUCUUUCUGGUGAUAAGAAAGGCAUCUCUUUGAGCACGUGGUUAACAUAUGUUGAGGAACUUCUCAAGGUGCAUGAAGGGCGCAAAUCAUACCAGAUUCGAGAAUGUCCCAACCUUUCUGAAGAGCGAAUCCUAUGCAUUGGUUCUAGCAGGAAGCGACCUGUUCUAAAAUGGGAGAAUAAUAUGGCAUGGCCGGGAAAACUUACUCUGACUGAUAAAGCAAUUUAUUUUGAGGCAAUUGGCUUAUCACAGCAGAAAGAACCUGCCAGACUGGAUCUUACAAGACAUGGGUUUCGGGUAGAGAAGGCAAAAGUAGGGCCUUUUGGUUCCUCUCUCUUCGACUCUGCUGUCUCUAUUUCAUCUGGUCCCGAAUCAAAAGCAUGGGUUCUUGAAUUUGUUGACUUGGGAGGUGAAAUGAGGCGAGAUGUCUGGCAUGCAUUUAUCAGUGAAAUUACUGCUUUGCACAAAUUCAUCCGCGAAUAUGGGCCAGAGGAUGGUGAAGAGUCAAUAUUUCACGUAUAUGGUGCUCACAAAGGGAAGGAUAGAGCUAUCACCAGUGCCAUUAAUAGUAUAGCUAGACUGCAAGCACUUCAGUUUAUGCGGAAGCUAUUGGAUGAUCCCACCAAACUUGUUCAGUUUGCAUACUUGCAGUACGCUCCCCAUGGUGAUGUUGUUCGGCAAACUCUAGCUGUAAAUUAUUGGGGUGGACCACUAGUCACAAAAUUUGUGGGCAAAGUUAGUCAACCAGCUCUAGAAGCAAGGCCUCCAAGUGAAAUUGUCGAAAGUAGCAACCAUGUUUUUGACAUAGAUGGAAGUGUCUACUUGCAGCAAUGGAUGAAGUCUCCAUCUUGGAAUUUUAGUGUUUCUGUUUCUUUCUGGAAAAAUUCCUCAUUAAGACAGGGGGUAGUAUUGAGUAAACAUCUUGCUGUUGCUGAUGCAACUCUUGUGGAAAGGGCAGCAGAAACUUGCAGAAAGAAAUCAAAGGUGGUCGAAAAAACUCAAGCCACUAUUGAUGCCGCAAUGCUUCAAGGGAUACCUAGUAAUAUCGAUCUUUUCAAGGAACUUCUGUUUCCACUGACUGUAACUGUCCAGAGUUUCGAAAAACUUAGGCGUUGGGAAGAGCCACACUUGACUGUCUCGUUUCUUGCAAUUGCAUAUACAAUCAUUUUCAGGAAUCUUUUGUCAUAUGUAUUUCCUACAUUUUUGAUAAUUUUGGCAUCUUCCAUGCUUACACUUAAGGGCUUAAAGGUGCAAGGCCGCCUUGGACGCUCCUUUGGAAAAGUUACCAUACGUGAUCAGCCUCCUUCAAAUACUAUUCAAAAGAUUAUAGCUGUAAAAGACGCCAUGCGAGAUGUUGAAAAUUAUCUGCAGAGUCUUAAUGUCACACUUUUAAAAAUACGUACAAUUACUCUUUCUGGUCAUCCCCAGGUAACCACUGAGGUCGCGGUGACCUUGUUAGCUUCAGCAGUCGUUCUCCUCUUGGUUCCUUUCAAAUAUAUUCUUGCCUUCCUUAUCUUUGACCUCUUCACACGGGAGCUUGGGUUCCGGAAAGAUAUGGUAAAGAAAUUCAUAAGCUUCUUGAAGGAGCGUUGGGAGAUGGUGCCUGCAGCCCCUGUAGUUGUAUUACCCUUUGAAAGUAACGAGUCAAGAUCAGAUCUUGAAAGAAUAGAUAACAAGGACAAAUUUAAAUUAGAAGAACCAGAGCAGUAGCAACAACUAUGUAUAGUUGAUAUGUAUUUAUAUAUUUUGAAAAGAGAAAAACAGAGAGAGAGAGAGAGAGAGAGAGAGAGAGAGAAUUCAAAUAUGUACAGAAUUUGGAGCAGAUUCAAUAAUAAUAUUCAUAUUCUUCUUGACCA